UCGUCCCAUUGGGUAUUAGGCUUGUUAGGUGGACAUCAACAGCACUGCACUGUGAAGUCACAGGAACUUAACGAAAAGGUUGACCAGGGAGAAGAAGACAAGCUGACUACAGGCAUGCAGUAUCUGCACCGACAAAGCCAAACAGCCCAGUGGAGCAGAUCCUGCUACCUGGUGUGUUUAUUCGGCAUGAUUACCUACUUUGGAUCAGUUAUGCCCCUCAACAUCCCCCCAGUAACGACAGGUCUCCGCUCUGCUUUCUCUGCCACACGAACCAACAGCAUCGUGGGAGGCAACCAGAAAAUAGUGACCUUCAACAGGCUCUUGGUCAACAUGGGAGGGGAUUUCAACCCAGACACUGGUCACUUUCGCUGCCGCAUCCCUGGUGCCUACUAUUUCUCCUACUCCGUGGGGAAGUUUCCAAAGAAAAUGCUCUCUGUCAUACUGGUAAAGAAUGGGGAGGAGGUGCAUGCCAUAGCAUAUGAUGACUACCGCAAGAAAGGAAGAAAAGUUCAAAGCCAAAGCAUAAUGAUCAGUUUGAAGGCAAUGGACACGGUGUGGCUGCUUUUGCAGGACAGUCCACAGUAUGCUCUGUACAGCAACGCCGGCCCUUAUAUCACCUUCUCUGGUUACCUUGUCUAUCCUGAAAUUUCCACAACCAGCUAUAUCAGCAACCACCUGUCCCUACCAGGGCUGUCGUACCUGAACUGUCCCCCUCAGGCUGAUCAACAAUACAGCUGGGUGAGCAGUCAGACUUCAGAGCAGCCGCGGUCCGCCUUCUCAGUGGCACGGACAUCCACAGCCCUGGGACAGAGCGGCAGGCAGCAGGAAAAGCAGCCGCUGACCUUUGAUGUGGAGUAUGUGAACAUCGGGGGCCACUUCAACAAAAGCUCAGGGGUGUUCACCUGCCACUUCCCCGGGGCGUACUACUUUGCCUUCACUGUGGGGAAGCACCCUCGCAAGGCUGUGUCUGUGAAGCUGAUGACUGGGCACGGCGAGGUGCAGGCCAUGGUGUUUGAUGAGGAUACGUCGAAGCGGCGGGAGAUGCAGAGUCAGAGCCUGCUGCUGUCUCUGCACCAGGGGGACAGUGUGUGGCUGUACAGUCAGCAGGAUGAGCGCUAUGCUGUGUAUAGCAAUCAGGGAAGAUACACCACUUUUUCUGGUUUCCUGGUGUACCCUGAAGCAGAGCCACCCACCGCUUCCACAACCCAGGACUGAACUCAUUUCUUAUUGCUGAACCCUCCAUUGUGCCAUGUUUGGAAAAAAAAAAAAAAAAAAAAAAAAAUAGAAUAAAUCCAACAUUGUUUGCUUUGUUAG